UCGUUGCCCGGGGACCUGCCUUGCGCAUGCGCGGCCGAGGCCAGAGUUGGAGCAUCGUGUACUCCAGCAGCUGUUGGGAUGGGGCUAAGCGUGCGCGCCGUUUUCUUUGACCUGGACAACACGCUCAUCGACACGGCGGGGGCCAGUAGGAAAGGCAUGUUGGAGGUAAUAAAGCUCUUACAAUCAAAAUACCAUUACAAAGAAGAGGCUGAAAUAAUUUGUGACAAAGUUCAAGUUAAACUCAGCAAGGAAUGUUUUCGUUCUUCCAAUGUAUGCAUUACUGAUCAAAGGACUUCACACUGGGAGGAAGCAAUUCAGGAAACAAAGGGUGGUGCAGCCAAUAGGGAGUUGGCUGAAGAAUGUUAUUUUCUGUGGAAAUCCACGCGUUUACAGCAUAUGACACUAGCAGAAGAUGUCAAAGCCAUGCUCACUGAACUUCGAAAGGAUGUCUGCCUACUUUUAUUAACAAAUGGAGAUAGACAGACCCAGAGGGAGAAGAUUGAGGCUUGUGCCUGUCAGUCCUAUUUUGACGCCAUCGUUGUAGGUGGAGAACAAGAAGAAGAGAAACCGGCACCUUCCAUAUUUUAUUACUGCUGUGAUCUCCUUGGAGUACAGCAGGACUGUGUGAUGGUUGGCGAUACACAAGAAACUGAUAUAGAAGGAGGCCUCAAUGCAGGGCUGAAAGCAACAGUCUGGGUAAAUAAAAAUGGAAUAAUGCCGCUGAAGUCUUCGCCCGUGCCACAUUAUAUAGUUUCUUCUGUGCUAGAGUUACCUGCUCUCUUACAAAAUAUAGACUGCAAAGUCAGUAUGUCGGUUUAAAGAAAAUGAAAAGGCAUGGUCUAUCUGGAAACCUAGAAUAAAUUAGUACAAGCUAAUUUUAGUAGUGUGAUUGAGAAAACUUGAAUAAAUAUAUUAUUUGUUAAUCUGUGA